GAGCAGAGCUCCUCCGACCUCUUUCCCUUGUUUCAUUCUCACGCGUUCCGCGACCCAGCGGGCUCCUUCGUCUCCGUUCCAAGUUCCAACUCGUUCAAAACCAGCGGCGGAAGAAAAAGAGAAAAUUAAAAGAAGGAGACGCUGCAGCCAGUUUGGCUUCUUCCAUCUCUUUCGACUUCUCUCCUCUCGUAUUCUCUCGAAGCUCUCGGCCUCCUCUUCCCAUGGCGUACGUCGACCACGCCUUCUCCAUCUCGGAUGAGGACAUCAUGAUGGAUUCCCCCAAUGUCGUCCAGAAUCGGCCGCCCAUCAAGGAGAUAGGCCUCGCAGUCUCCCUCCUCGUCUUCGGUUCCCUCGGUAUCGCCAUCGGCACCGUCAUGGCCUGCAACCGGGUCGGCGGUGACCGAGCCCACGGAAUUUCCUUUGCGAUUUUGGGGUCGUUACUUUUCAUUCCGGGAUUCUAUUACACGAGGAUCGCGUAUUAUGCGUACAAGGGAUACAAAGGCUUCUCCUUUGCCAACAUUCCGGACGUCUAAGUUGCGGUCUUUUGCGUCCGGUCUCCGUCUCUGUAUGGCUUCUCACUUGUACAUAUCUUUUGAUGGAUCUCUACUCUGUUUUCUCUGGGCUUAUUAUUGUUUUUUUCCUAUUAAAUAUUGGCUAUGUAAAUGUGCUUGAAUUAUGAUUUUUUUUCUUGAUUUGGUCUGUCACGAUUGAUGAUGUGGUACAAAGCUUGGCCUUAGCCUACAGAUCAUGCAUCAUGUACUUUGAACCCCACUGUUGGAGUAUUAAGAAGAUUACAAACUUGUUGCUUCAAGAUACUGAUGCAUCCUGUGAGCAUAAGAUAUCGAUGUGCUUGAUGAGUCACUGGUAUUUGCGCAUACUUUUCUUUGAUAAAUAAAGGAUAUUAAAAUGUUUGAUUAACCAUUCA